AUGGAGCUGAGGGGCUCGAGGCGAAGGGAGAGAGACACCCUGGGCCGCUUCAUCAGGGACCCAGGCACCGGGCGCAUCUACAAGAGGGGAAAGCUCCUGGGAAAGGGCGCUUUUGGCCGCUGUUACAAGCUGACCGACAUGUCCACCGACAGAGUGUUCGCCCUCAAGGUUGUGCCUCGAACCCAUACCGGCCAUCUGGAGCAGCGGGGCAAGGUGGAGCGGGAGAUCGAGCUGCACAGCUGCCUGCGGCACCGCAAUGUCGUUGGCUUCCACCGGCACUUUGCUGACCACGACCACAUCUACAUGGUGCUGGAGUACUGCAGCCGCAAGUCGCUAGCCCACAUCCUGAAGGCCCGGAAGACUCUGACUGAACCCGAGGCCCGCUACUACCUGCGAGGCAUUGUUGGCGGUCUGCGCUACCUGCACCAGCAGGGAAUCAUCCACCGAGACCUCAAACUCAGCAAUUUCUUCGUCAAUAAAAAUAUGGAAGUGAAGAUCGGAGACCUGGGACUAGCCACCAGAGCAGAGCCAGGGGGCCGCUGCCGGGGGGUGCUGUGCGGGACGCCCAACUACCUGGCCCCUGAGGUCAUUUCCCGGAAGGGUCACUCGGUCCAGUCGGACAUCUGGGCUCUGGGCUGUAUCAUGUACACGGUGCUGACCGGCAGCUCCCCAUUCAAGGUGAGCCACCUGCGGGAGAUGUAUCAGAGCAUCCGGGAGGCACGCUACCCCGUGCCCGCUCACCUCUCCCCCCAUGCCCGUCACCUCGUUGCCUGCCUGCUGGCCCCCAACCCUGCCAACCGGCCCAGCCUGGACCAGAUUCUGGCACAUGACUUCUUCACCCAGGGCUUCACCCCUGAUAGGCUCCCCACCAGAUCCUGCUACGCAGCCCCCAUCUUUGCGGUCACCCAGCCGCUUGGCAAGCUUUUCCAGAAGGCCACACAGAGGUUCUUGGGGGGUGCUGCCCUGCCUUUGCCCGCACAGCAGGCCGGGCCCUCUGCCCAGGAGUUGCCAGCAAACCACUGUCUGCGGCCGGCCCCACAGAGUUCCAAGAGCCAGAACAUUGAGACCGUGCACCGCUAUGGAGACCCAUCCAGUGGUGCCCGACUAGAGCCUCCGACCCUGGACCCCCCAAUCCGGCUGCUCAUGCGUGGGACCCUUGGGAGCCCCCUGGAUGGCAGGGAAGCAAGGCCCGAGGGGAGUCCAGGAUUGGGGGUGCACACGGCCACCCGGAUCCUACAGUGCUGCUUGAACUCUGGACCUCCAGCGGAGCCGAUUCUCUGGGGGCAGCGGUGGCGUCAGCAGCGCUGGUGGCAGCAGCGACAACAGCGUCCCAUGCUCUGCGUCACUAAGUGGGUGGACUACUCUAACAAGUACGGUUUUGGCUAUCAGCUCUCGGACGGUGGCUUUGCCGUCCUGCUCCGCGAUGGCACCCACAUGGCUCUGCGUCCACCCCUGGGAUGUGUCUGCUACUCGACCGGGCAGGGGGAGCCCAUGACCUUCUCCCGGACGGAGGUGCCCCGGUUCCUGGCGGGCAAACUGGCUGUGCUGCAGUUCUUCACCCGCUACAUGCAGCAGCAGCUGCUGGAGGGAGGGAACCCGCCAACACCUCCACUGGCUGACAUAGCAGUCCCUGGCGUCUCCCUGCUGCAUUUUCUCAAGUCGGAUCAGGCCCUGCUUAUGCUCUUCAGUGAUGGGACACUGCAGGUCAAUUUCUACCGAGACCGCACCAAGCUGGUGCUGAGUUGGAUGGGCGAGGGGCCCCUGCUGACCUACAUUGACCAGGAGCGCCGAGCCACCACCUACCAGCCGGGCACCCUGCAGCGAGAGGGCUGUGCCUCACCCCUCCGCCAACGCCUAAGCUAUGCCCUCCGCCUGCUCCAGAAGCUCUAAGGGGCUCCCUCCUCCACCCCAGGGAUCGGCUCAGGCUAGGACGACCAGGAGCCAAAUGGGCCCUGGGGUGGGUGUGGUGGAUCGGCCUGAGGGCUGAAGAGAGGGCUUCAUCAGGAGGCCUCUGCUUUCACCUGGUGACAACAGUCCUGGGAUCCGAGGCGCAGAGAGACACUGGGGGA